UAUUAAUCAAAACUCUCUGUUUUUGUUUUCUUUAUCAUGGCCACUGAUAGAGAGAAUCUGCUCGCUGAUGAUUAUGAAGAAACGGCGACGUUUUGUGGAUGUGGGUUUUUUCGUAAAUUAUGUGUAGUCCGGUGGCGGAGAAGAGACGACGAGUCUCGCAGUCGCGGUGGUUGGAGUGGUUGUUUGCAGGAAGAAAGAGGAGGAAAGUGGGGAAGUGAGAAACUUAAGGGGCUAAAAGAGAUAUCUGAGAAAAUUGCGGGGCCAAAGUGGAAAAACUUUAUAAGAAGUUUUAGUAGUGGCAGAAAGAAGAUGAAGAGAGAUGUUGAUUUUACUUAUGAUCUGAAAAACUAUAGUCUUAAUUUCGAUGACGGCGGCUGCGGCGACGGCGAAGAUUCUUCACCGGAGAGGUUUGUAGCUCCGGUUGUCAUAAAAGUUUAAUUUCUUUUUACUUAUCUUUUAAUUGUAUAAUUUUUUAUUAUUGGUUUUUAUGUUAAUACAAACAUAUAUAAGGAGUUACAAUUAAUUUCGUAUUAAAUUAGGUCUAACUUUGAUGUUC